AACAAGGUAACUAACGGGUUUCAGUUUCACUACACGCUUCUAUCUCGGCUCUCUGGCGGGGGGUUUGGCAAUUAGCUGCUGCUGCUUUUGCAAGAUUUGCUCUCAGAAAACUAAAGUUAUAAUCAGAUCUGUGCAGAGGGCGAAAAUGACUUUAUGCUUCUGGCCCUGUCGAUAUCAACGACAGGAUCGAUGGAACAGACUUUACGCUCGCUCGAGUCGAUGACUCUGCACUUUAGACCGAGAAGGUUGUUUGUUGGUUUGUCCUUCAAAACAUUCCGCGAAGUUGAUACAUAGAAGCGAUCCUGGGACCGCCCCGCUUGCAUCCACUACCCACUCUUUCUCAAUUCCUCAAUUCCGCUGUCGUCCUCGUCGACGAUGGCGAGGCAUUCAAUUCAACAUGAGCUCCUCGCUCAUCCUGAGCUUCAACACACGCCUUCAUUGCCGGGAUAGAGGAGAAUUCCCUAUACGGCAACAGGGCAAAUGUUGUACAUACCAAAAGCUCGGCGGGUGCAAGGGCGAAGAUGCCGUGCAUCGUGAGUGCAAAUUCCAACAUUGUAAAUCAUGGCGUCUCCUUCAAACCAUGCACUCAUCGCGCUGGGGAAAUAUCUGCUUGAUGUUGUAUCUUGUAUAUACGUUCUUGUCAUCAGUCUCGGUUUGGCCUGUUCGGGGCAGUUCUCUCCGAGCGAGGACGUGGAGUACCCCGUCCUUGCGCCAUCAAAAUUGGAGAAAUAAACAACAUCGGAUUUUGUCUGCGCGAGGCACCUUCACUCUUUGAGAUAUCGAGUUUUAAACGAAAUCUACCAGAGAAAAGCUAUGCAACUGGGGGCUUGAUUUCUUUGGUUCUCUUGCAAAGAUCGGAGUCUCCUUCAAAUCGGUAUCGGUUGGUCUCUAAUCUAGAACUACUACAACACCUCUCGGACCAUGACUUCCUCGGCAAAAGCGGAUCCCAUUGCCAUCCCAACUUACACCAUCAUCCAGGCUGACGGGCUUUAUCCUGACGACACAGUCGAGCAAGAAAUCUUCCAGCCCAGACCAGGCCAGAACUACGCCGUGAAAUACAUCCAAACCAACCUAUGGCCGACCGGGGUCCCAAAUCGAAGACCAUGGUCAGAUAUCGAUCCUGGUCUUCGAGAACAAGUCGACGGCAUCAUGGUGCUCAAGAUGAGUUUCAAGGCGGAAGAUCUGGCGCUGUUUCCGAGACUAAAGGUCAUAGUUCGCAUGGGUGUCGGAUAUGAUCGACUCGACCGAGUAGCCCUGGCCAAGCGAGGUGUCACGGUAUGCAAUGUCCCAGACUACGGAACAUGCGAAAUAGCCGACCACGCACUAGCCCUCGCCCUCUCCCUCCGCCGCGGCAUCCUCUUACACAACGACACACAGCGCGCCACACCCCCCGCACCAUGGAUGUACAUCGACACCCCCUUAGUUUCCCGGAUUCAAGGCGCAACGUUUGGCAUUUUGGGGAUGGGCCGGAUCGGAACAGCGGCCGCAUUGAGGGCCAAAGCAUUCAGCUGGCACGUUCUCUUCUACGACCCGUACGUAAAGAAUGGAACCGACAAGAGUCUAGGCGUGGAACGAACACGAGACAUCAAAGAGCUGUUUCGGCGUAGCACCACCUUGAGCCUCCAUUGUCCAUGCACGCGCGAAACGAGAGGUAUGGUCGGUUAUGACUUGUUAUCUCUCUUACCUCGCGGCGCCGUCUUUGUCAAUACCGCCAGAGGCGAAAUCGUCGAUUUGGAUGCCGUCGAGAGGUGUUUGCGUGAAGGAAUCAUUAGCGGAGCGGGGCUCGAUGUGCUUCCCGAAGAACCAAUCCCCGAAAACAACGUCCAUCCGCUCAUUCAAGCGUACAGAAGCAAAGAGCCCUGGCUGCAGGGCCGUAUGACCCUAACCUGUCAUACCGCCUUCUACUCCCCCCAAAGCUUUGUCGAUAUCAGAGUUAAGAGCGCCGAAACUAUGCGCGAUGUCCUGAUCGAUGGAGGGGAUAGUAAUGUCAUAACACCGGACAUGGAGUAGAAAUAGAAGAGAGCAGGAGUCCUGACAUGCUAUGCUUUUCCUUCUGAAACGUCUCGCCCAGCAAAAGGAAACGGGGAAGAAAAAAGGCCUCCGGUGGUAGCAAUUGAAAGUCCUAACCUCGAAGACUUGACGAAAAAAAAAAAGAGAGCAAGGCCGGAGGUACCUAUGUUUGCCUCCACAAUGACUUUGACGAACCCUUAUCUUCAUGGCCUGCGACCCAGUACAGGCCGAACGUAAGGGUCAAAUGUCGGUUCGUGUCGGGUACUUACUUGACGCAGUGAGGACUGCGUCGCCAGCUUUGGGUAUUUUAUGCUUCGAAUCGAUAUACUUCCAACUGGCAUAAUUUGGCAUUACGGAGACCAUCGAAUAUGGGAUGCAAGAGCUCAAGGAUAAGGUGAAGACACAAUGAAUCAGGAUUCAGCGCCACAGCUUUCGGUAGCUUGGAAACGAGGACAACAACAAGGAUUCAAUGAUCCCUCAGGACAGUGAACCACUCUUGAGAUUACAUCUUGCAUAGUGUUUCUUUUCUAUCUUUCUCUUUCUCUAUCUCGACCACCCGCGCUCAUCCGCUGACAUAUCUAUAACCUAGCCUUACCCGACAACAAAAGCUGCUCCGCCUCCUUCGUCAACGGAACAUACCCAGAGCCUUCUUUUUCGAUCCAAUAGAUUCUAUCCUUACUACCAGGAGGUAAAGAGAAGCCUAUUGUCAUCAGCAAACGAAGUCGAAAAAGAAUCGAAAGCAGUCCUCUCACCUUCUUGACGAAGUCCAGUUUUCAACUUCUUCAUGAUCGGCGAAACUCUAUCUGGCUCGGCAUCCGCAGCAACAUCUUUCGUCGCAGACUGCGUGGACACCAACACACGCAGGAACCGCGGCACGGCGUACGAGGGCAAAGCGGCGCUUUCGUUGGUGGUGGCCCAUUUUUCCAGCUGGGCUACGGUUUCCUUUUCGACCGCCGUGGGCGUUUCGGAAUUGCUGUCCGAAGUAAAGGUGAUGGCGGCACAGCCCAAUUGACCGUCGUAGCCAUACCUGUUCAUCGGGAUGGCAUAGACAUUAACCGAGGCAAUGUUCGGAUGGCGGCUGAAGCAGCUUUCGACUUCAGUCGUGGAAAUGUUGUGCCCUUUGGCGCGGUAGGUGUCGCCUAGUCUGUCAUGGAAGGAUAUGAAACCUUCUUUGUCCUAGAAGCAACAAACACACGUUAGUCCGAGUAUUUGCAACCAAGCUACAACACUCUUUGCUAUCGGAAUCAGGUUUGGCUAGGCACACUCCACUCGUGGCCGUUCAACUUCGCGUAGAAAGGUCUACCCCGGCCGGCACAGAGAAAACUGAACAGGUAUGUUAGGUAUCGAACUUACUAUAACCAAGGCGUCGCCCAGCCUGAAAAACUCAUCACCCUUCCUAAACACAUCUCUCAACACCUUCUUGUCUGUGGCUUCCUUCCCACCUUCACCAACAUAGUCGUGUCUCCGUUGGAACGGCGGCGUGAUUCUGCAGAUCGACUCACCGACCUCGCCAGCUUUGGUUUUCAUACAAAACCCGGUCUUGGGAUCCCGCAAGAUCUCCCCGCUUUCCAAAUCAGUUCGAACAAUAUAAAACGAAUCCUGGCCGAAAUUGCGCAUCAGAGGGCCCCAGUGGGCGACUUUGCCGACCCCAUAAUCGUUCAUGUUCGAGUUGACAAGUGACGUGGUCGCCUCACUGGCCGAAUAGUACUCGACGAUCCAGGGAAUCCCGAACCUUUCUCGUACGGCCCGCCAGACGGUAGGUGAUAGCCCGAGUCCGAAUGCCAGAUCCACGUCAUGGUCUUUCUCGUCUUGGAACCGAGGAUCUGGCGGUGACUGGACGAGAUAUCGUAGCAUCUCACCGAUGUACAAGAUGGCAUUGGCUCGAGAGCGACGGACGUCAGCCCAGAACUCGCGGCGGGAAAAGCGACGUGCAAAAAUCAUGGUCCCCGACGUUGCGUGUGUUGCGGGAAGAGCGGCGAAUCUGAAACGAGAAGUCAGCAAGGGGAUCAGAGACUCGGAGCCAUGAGUAAGUCUAAAUGCGAGUGAGAGCCGUAAGGUAGUCUGAAAAGUAUUGUCCAUCUUGGUUGCCAAGUGGCAUACACCUCUGACGCACACGAGACUCGGAAAAACCAAGUCGAGAGGAAUGCAUGCAGCAGGGACCAUUUAGAACAAACAAUUGAUAUACACUUACGUCGCAGUACCAUGAAACAUGGGCAAGCAAACAUAA